AUGCGCCCUGGCUCCUAUAAAGCGCCGGCCGCGGGGCCUCGCUGCAGCAGGAGGGGGUGGGCUGUCGGAUUCGCCCUCGACGCCAGCCUGCAGGAUGCUGGCGCUGACCCCAGCCCCUCUCCCUUGCAGAGUCCGUCAGACUCUCUCGACCCAGAGCCAGCAGGUGCCCCAGUCCGCGACGACGUCCCCGCGGGCACGAGCGCCUCCCCAGGACGCGCGGAGAGGCACCUGGAGCCGUGCGCGCCGCCGGGGCUGGAGGAGGCGCUGGGCGCCCUGGGGCUGCAGGGAGAACGCGAGUACGCCGGGGACAUCUUCGCCGAGGUCAUGGUGUGCCGCGCGCUGCCCCGGAGGGCCCUGCCCCGCGCCGUGACCCCGGAGAUGCGCGCGCUAGUGGUGGACUGGCUGGUCCAGGUGCACGAGUACCUGGGCCUGGCCGGGGACACGCUCUACCUGGCAGUGCACUUGCUCGAUUCCUACCUGCGCUCGGGCCGGGUACGCCUACACCGCCUGCAGCUGCUGGGCAUGGCCUGUCUCUUCGUGGCCUGCAAGAUGGAAGAGUGCGUGCUUCCCGAGCCCUCCUCCCUCUGCCUCCUGGGCGCCGGCUCCUUCUCCCAGGCCGAGCUGCUGCGCGCGGAGCGCCGCAUCCUGAGCCGCUUGGAUUUCCGGCUGCACCACCCGGGCCCGCUCCUCUGCCUGGAGCUGUUGGCUGCCCUGGAAGGGAGCAACCCCCAGGUGAUGCUCCUUGCCACCUACUUCCUGGAACUGUCUCUGCUGGAGGCCGAGGUGGCCGGGUGGGAGCCCAGUCGCUGCGCAGCCGCGGCGCUGAGCCUGGCGCACCGCGUGUUCGACGGGGCGGGCUCGGGGCUGGACCCGGCGCUUUACAGCCUCUUCGCCGCCCGCCUGCUCCGCCGCCCCCAGCCCGAGCCUCCCUGA